UUGUGUUUUGAAAGCACACGUGCUCCGUGUUUUAAAGGCUGCUGACUCUCCUGCUUCAUGACAAAUGAACCAAGAAACAGACGUGAACACAUCUUCUCUCAAGACACGAAGGAAAGCUCUUUCUGCUUCUGCAAGAUGGUGAAGGAGAGCAGCAACGGGAACUCUGUUGUUGGGGCGGAGGCGUCCCACAGGUGCAGCCUGUCCUGCCUCGGCCCUCUGACCUUCCACCCUCGCGCCGCGGGCGACAAGGUCCGGCUGAGCCGAAGGUGUUGCCUCGCUGAGAGGACAGACGACACGUUCAAGAACGGCCUGGUGUUCAGCAGCCGCCCGGUGAAGAUCCAGGAGAGGCUCCGUCUCAGGGUGGAGAAAGAUUUGCGCAGCUGGCACGGCGCCCUGCGCGUGGGCUUCACCACCGUCCCGCCCACGGCCAGAUCUCUGCCGCUCCCCGUCAUGGCCAUCCCCGACCUCACCGAUGUCCCAGGCCACUGGGCUUUCCCUGUGAAUGAAUCCCUCUGCAAGGCGGGUUCGGAGCUGCAGUUCUGGGUCUCUCACGGAGGCUCCGUGUACGUCUCCAGCAACAACACCAAGGCGCACAAGCUGCUGACGGGGGUGGACCUCAGCCGGCCGCUGUGGGCCAUGAUCGAUGUCUACGGGCAGACGAGCUCCAUUUUUCUCCUGGGCUCAGAGAAAAGGGAGCUGCUUUACACCAGACGGUCCUGUCCUGCACCUGAACGCCUCACCUCGCCUCACCUCGACAACCGCUACAGUUUGUCUCGAGUCUCGAGCCUCUGUGGAAACAGCGAUGAAUGCAUCUCCCUUCUGGAAGGCCCAGCAGGUGGAGGCUGCGUGUCAGACUGCGUGGUGUGCAUGGAGGAACAGGCCAGAAUCACUCUGCCUUGCGGCCACCGCUGUUUGUGUAACGCAUGCGCCUCCAGAGUCUUGGAGGACUUUGGCACGUGCCCGCUGUGCCGACACCAGAUCAGAGCUCCGUUGGAGGAGAGGUCGCUGACAUCCGGCAGGAUUCACCAAAAAACAAGCUACCAAUGACUGUAACGCAGGAAACACUUUGAGGAGCAGCGACCUAACGAGUCCUGGUUGCCGCAGCGAUUGAAGCCGAGCCAGGAACCCUUGUUCACAUGUCAUUCAACUCUCUCUUCCAUAGAUAUACAUUAGCCUAUAUACGUAGAUAGCGCUUUGGCCGCUGCUGUUUAUGAGAACGGACGCCAAUUUUAGAAAUUCGGACGUUCUGCACCUUCUAAUGCAUGUUUGUCCAUGGAGGCAGAAGGUUUAUCCACAAUUAAAAUUAACAUUUCUUGCUGAAUUUCCAAACGAUUUUAAGCCGUUUGCUAACCCUAACCCUAACCCUAUGUAUCUGUGAUAGAUGCAGGUUUUCAAAAACCAAAAUAUUGUAUCUUGUGUAGAUACUGUAGUAACAGUACGCAGCUCUUUUCCACAGAUAUGUAUGUAUAUAUAUAUAUACAUAUAUAUACAUAGGCCUACAUAGAUACCGCAUUAUUAUGGAACCCACCGCAGUUCCAGAGAAGACCCGCCCUUCAAUAGCAUUUGCGUGCUACAAUUGGCCAGGCAUCCAUGCCCUAACCCUAUCCCUUGACCAAUCAGCUCUCCUAACCUUAACUACUUGAGGUCCGUGCCUAAACCCCAACCAAUCGGGCUGCUUCGUAGGGCGGAUCUUGUGUGUUCCACAAAUAAAUCAUCAUUUCUC